AUGUCGCAAGCUGAAAAGGAAAUCACACUGGAGACUCGCGGCAAUAUCGCCAUCAUCACUCUCAAUCUACCAAAGAAGUUGAACGCACUCAAUGGAGACCAUUACUUCCGCCUUGCCAAAUUGAUGAAGGAGGUUGCUGUCAUGGACGAUAUUUUCAUAACCGUCUUGACUGGAAAGGGUCGUUACUUCUCCGCCGGCGCAGACGUCUCAAUCUCAAAAGCACCACCAAAAGACACCGAUACCCAACGUCACUACCUCCAAGGCUUUGUGGCUCAAAAUCUACACAUCACACACGCCUUCUACACCCACCCGAAGAUCCUCAUCGCUGCUCUAAACGGUCCUGCAGUGGGUCUCUCUGCUGCCUUGACCGGAUUCGCCGAUUUCGUCUAUGCCGCCCCGCACACUUUUAUCCUUACACCAUUCAGCAGUCUGGGCUUGGUGGCAGAAGGUGGUUCAAGCAGAGCCUUUGUCUCAAGACUCGGUAUAUCAAAGGCGAAUGAGGCAUUGAUCAUGAGCAAGAAGUUGACUUGUGAGGAACUUGUCAAUGUUGGCUAUGUGAAUGGAGUUAUGGAUGUCAAGCCUGGAGAGGAUGAGAAGUUUUUGAAAUUGGUGCUUGCGGAAAUUGAUAACAGACUUGGCAAGCACUUAAUCCUGGAGAGUUUGAUUGGCAUCAAGAAGUUGAUCAGGAGACCCGAGAGAGGGCUCUUGGAUGCUCAAGGUGUUGCAGAGGUCUUUGGUGGAUUGGAUAGAUUCGUCAGCGGUGUGCCGCAGGAGCAGUUCAGAAAAAUUGCCUCUGGUGAGAAGAAGCAUAAGCUGUAG